GUGUGAUCGUUCAGCCCUCCAACGGUGGGAGAUCGCACCCCGUGCGAUCUGAGCGCUCGCAGACCCUCCUCCGACCCACCUCCCACCUCGCACGCCCUCUCCCUUGCUGCAGCCCGCCCUCCGCGCGGGGCCUCGCCGCGCCCCUCUGCAGCGACCCCAUGGCGCCCCUGCACCUCCCCGGCGAGUCCCCGCGCCGCCACUGCUCCUCCCCGCCGGAUCCACCGCGCCUCCCUCCUCUUCGGCGGCGAGCAGGGGCGAGCAGGCAGAUGCGGCGGCAUGGCACGAGCGGAUGUGGCGCCCCCUCCUACUCGAGUCCCCACGCUGCCCCUGCGCCUCCAACGGUCUCGGAUCUUCCCCUUCUACCAUACGUUGUGCGGUCUGGGGAUUUGAUAUCGUACACAGCUGAGGAGGGUGUUCGCAUACUGGGGGAGGGCAAGCUGAUGGUUUCUGAUAGCUUCCCCGGUAAUGAGCGGAACAAGUACUGCCUGAGCUCCAAGAAAAAUGGCAAUACUGACAUUGAAGGAGUUGACUCCAGCAAUGCUUGUUACGGUGGAACUGCUGCCCUGCUGAAAUUCGUGAAUUGGGUUGAAAGUAACUCCUGGGAUGGACGCUAUGGUCUGUCGUUUGCACAGACAGUGCGGUUUAUGCUGAAGGACCAGCUCGUCCAACUGGGGGUGCUGCUGCAAUUGCAAUGCUCAUUGGUCCUAAUGCUCGUAUUUCAUUUGAGAGCAAAUAUAGAGCUUCUCACAUGGCUCAUGUUUAUGAUUUCUACAAGCCUGAUCUUGCAAGUGAAUAUCCGAUUGUUGAUGGUAAACUAUCCCAAACAUGCUACUUGAUGGCCCUAGACUCAUGCUACAGAUAAUUUUGCAACAAG